AUGGAAAUCAAUUCAUAUAUUAAAGAAAUAAUAGGAGAAUAUCAAGCUGGGUUCAUGAUAUGGAGAUCAACAGUUAAUCAAAUCCACAUCAUCAAACAAUUAGCUGAGAAGAGUCACGAGUUCAAUAAAGACAUACACCUUAUGUUCAUAGAUUACAAAGCAGCAUACAAUUCGAUUAAUAGGAAAAAACUAUGGAAUGUCAUGAACAAAAUGGGAAUACCAGCAAAAUUAGUCAGAAUGAUAAGAGCGUGUGCAUAUGAGUCCAAAAGUAAAGUACUAAUCCAAGCCAAAAGAAUAAAAAUGAACAACAAUAACGAACUAACCAUAAUGGCUUACGCUGACUAUAUAGUCCUCAUUGCCGAAUCAGAGGACGAUCUGAGAAAUACAACUAGCAUUCUACUGAAUGAAGUCAAACCGGUUGCUCUGUAUGCAUGUGGUACAUGGGCCACGACAAAAUCGGACGAAGGAAAGUUAGGAGUUUUCGAAAGAAAGAUAUUAAGGAAAAUCUUCGGUCCAAAGAGAAAUAACGAUGGAGAGUAUGAGGUGAGAGGCAACAGGGAAUUGGACGGUCUAUACAAGGAACCUACCAUUGUUGGAUCCCUGAAGAGCACGAGGAUAAGUUAG